AAGAAGGGCAAACUCGCGCAAAAUGUCCAACCUUAAGUUGCAGGUCCUACACGUGUCAUGAUUAGCAGAUGCAGCAGCAGGGCAGUUCCGUGCGUUUGCAAGAUGUCCAUCGGAACCGCAACGGAAGCACGGCCGACGCAGGAGGAGUAACGCGUAUCGGUAGAAGCGGCGGCGCAGAGCUGCAGUGCUUGCAGACAUCGUCGCUUUCGCCUAGGCAUCAUCAGCUGCCUUCAGCUGCGUGGCGACUGACUGUCAGUGCAGUCUGCAGUGUCACGUCAGAUUCCAAUUUCCAGCAAUAAUCUUUUUUUCGCGGAUACGACUCGAGGAUUAGCAACAUCAUGCUCCACUAUCUGGUCACGCAGCAUAUAAUCAUCCACCAACGUACCGUACUGUACUGUACUACUGUUUCUCCAGUUCCCUGCUGCGCAAAAGGAUCAUGUCGUUCCACGACCACACGUUUUGGAAGUGAUCUUCCAAAGCUUUUAAUCGCAGCAGCCAGAUGAUGAUCACCACCGGCGGCGCUAUUUGGCAACGUAUAAUAAAACUUUGUCUGUCUCUGACCUUCCGGUUCCGAGGCAGUGUCGGAGCAAAGCCCGUUUUCUUGCCUCCGGCCAGGAACGAACGGCCAUCGUAUGACGAGCAUGUAGUUGUUAAACAUUUUCAACCACGUUAAUAGCGGCACGGCGGGCAAAGGGGUCUCGGGGCAAGUCAAAGGACUGGGACACGAAGCACUCGCGGACGCCAUCCCUCAAUAAUCCGUAGCGUAGGAAAAAAAAAAAAACCGUCAUCGUCGCCAAUUUCGUUGUGUCUUCAGUGAACAAGGGAAGCCGGAGAACUUUUGCAAAGAUUUUAUGAAGUCGGAAAGCAUCAAACACACUAAGUUUACAUCACCACGUGCACAUCCUCUCUGUCUUCUUCUCUACUACCUCUCUAAUUGCAUUGCAAAAACUCUAGCGCCACUAGCGCCGCGCCAAUGCGAAACACGACACAUCGCAAAGGAACAAAAGCUGCGGGCGGCUCUGACGUGCGGCGGCGAUCCGCCACCAUCCAGAUCACGUGGUAAGGGCCGUCGGCGUUAGCGGGGACGCGCCAGCAGGGGGCAGCAACGGGCCGCCGCAGUACACCGCCGGACCGCCAGAUGGCGCCGACGAGCCCGCGCAGCUUCAGUGAAGUCCCCGGCGAAAGAGCGAGUAGCGUAGGAGUCAUGGCGUCGAGAAAACGAAGCGCAGUGUGGUCGUAUUUCGAGGACGGCGGGGACCCGAAUAAGGCCGUGUGCUUCGUGUGUUCCGACAAGAUCCAGCACUGCGGCAAUACGAGCAACCUGCUGAAGCACCUGCGCUCCAAGCACCAGGCCGAGUUCGCGGACAUGGAGGCCAAGAAGAAGAAGCAGGUGCCGGAGCCUGGGGCGGCCGCGGCGGUACUGCUGCGCCGGCAGCAGCAGCAGCAACAGCAGCACGCCGGGGUGGUGGACACGGAUACGGACACGGACACGGACGCAGCCGGAUACCCAGAGAUACUGGACUCUGUGUCGGGAGAAGAGGACCUGCGAGCCGAGCAGUUCCGUGGCGAGGAGGCCAUGAGCAGGGCGGACCAAGGCAGCGUCAGCGAAGCGUGCUACCUCUCUGCCAUCAUGUCCAAGAAGCGCAGUGCCGUGUGGACCUACUAUCAGGACGACGAGGACGGCAAUAAAGCCCUCUGCCUCAUAUGUCUGGAGAACAUCCAGCACCGGCGCAACACCAGCAACCUGCUGAAGCACCUGAGGAAGAGGCACCCUGCCGAGUAUGCGGACGUAGAGGACAGGACCAAGAGACGGCAGUGCAAAGAGGGAGCGCUCGCCUUGCCGCACUGCACGUUUAAACCCCCGGUGCCUCUCCAGAGUGCCUGCAGGAGUACUCCAGAAUAUCCAGAUAUCCUGGAAGUGGGGCAGUCGGAGCAGGAGCAGAUGAGGAGGGCGCUGGAGCAGGAGAUCCGGGUGCUGGAGCGCGAGAGGGAGCUCACGGAGCAGCUGAGGAGGGCGCAGGAGCAGGAGGCGCGGGCCCUCGAACAGCAGAGGGCGCUCACGGAGCAGCUGCGAAGGGCCCAGGAGGAGGAGAUGAGGAGGGCCCGCGAGCUCGAGGCCAGGGUGCUGCAGCACGAGCGCCAGGCCAUAGAACAGCUGAGGAGGGCUCAGGAGCAGGAGUCCAGGGCCUUGGACAGAGAGCGGGAGGCGCUGGAGCAGCUGCGGCGCGAGCUGGAGAGUGAGAGAAGGGCGCUGCAGAGACAGCGGGGACAGGGGGACGCAGCGGAGCAGGACGCGUCGGUCACGUCGAAGUACACAGGGAAGACGGAGGAGGCUAAAGUGCAGGGCACUCUUGACCUUCACAACCGCAUCUUGGAGCCAGAGGUGACGACGUGAAGGGACGGGAGGAGGGACGUACGUGGUGGCAACGCGUCAGAACCAGGCAGGACACUUCUGCCCUGAACGGGUAAGAGGACCGAGUCGUCUGGGCAGCAGUGUAACAUGUUUGCUUCCUCUCCUUCAAAAUAAUGCGUUUUUGCUGUGGAUGAGCUGAAUCCAGCCGAUAACCCUGCUUCUACUCUUUUCAAAGGAAGUCAGCAGUCCUGGAUCCCCUGACCCACCUGUGCUGAGUUGUGCUCAAGCCUCCCAGGAAGCAGCUUGUCUUCCGCUGCUCUCAGCUUCACUAGGGCUGGGCCUGGGUGCACCGCGCGUUAACGAGAUGUCACUUUUGUAUAUGGGUUGUAUUUUUUUUCUACUUUUUUAAAAAUAUGUUCACAUUAAAAACUCCCUUCCAUGGACAAACUGCCCUUUUUGUGUGUUGCCAGACUGGAAAUCUGUAAUGUCUCCUUUCCGUGGGGUGGAGAUGUAUAUAAAAGAGUGUUUCAAAUGCGGUGCUGCACCAUUGUUUCGGGUAGCUCUGCCCUUCAGUUAUUGCAGCAAGAAUCGCUUCCAGACAUAUGAAACGGGCAGACAGGCAACCUGUGUAGUGGUUAAUAUGCAGAACUAUAAGCGUACACAGGCUGCUUGGGAACACUAUUAUGGUUGUCAUGUUGGAAGUAUACUGAUUACUUACGUUACAAACAUUACGAUUUUUCAAAGAUGCAUUUCUUUUAAAUGGCAUUUAAUGGGUUUGCUUCCAAACAGUUGUGGUGCGACGCAAGAACGGACUGAUUUUCCACGUUCGGCCACUAGUUGGCAGCAGAACGCACUCAAAUUGAAACAUAGGGGGUGGAGUUUGGGGGGGGGUGCACUUAUUCCAGUGUUUACAGCUGGAGUUCAGUUGUAACUCAGUGUCCCAGCUGAAUGCGAGAAACGUUGGUGGAAUUAAUGUGGCAGUCAGCGUUCGCGAAAAUGAUUUUUCCCCACAUUUUAAAAUGUCUUACCCAUUGCUUUUAUUCAGUGUCGCUGUGUCCAAGAUUUUUUACAUCAUCUUAAGCGUAAAUAAAUGGACAUCUACGUAAGGUUUUUCCUGAUUGCGUGCCUAAAAAAAAAGUUGAACAUUGUACGUUUGUGAUGAAUCAGUCAACUGCAUUGAAUGGGAGUUUGUGGAGAUUUUUUUUCUCCCAGUAAUUUUGUUUUAAUUUUAAUAUUCUUUCAAGUAGUAAAAGUGUCACACUUCAGUGUAGUGGGGGGUCAUUGCUGCGCACCCUUGUUUCCAGGAUACAGCAGAACACAGCAACCCUGCACUGCACAAGUGCUUUAUGAUGAUGGAUGUCUGUUUUCUUUCCUGUUAUAGUUGAGGUUUCUUACGCAUCCUAACUCCUUAAAAAGUGGAUGGACGUGUGUGUCAUUUAGUUUUUGACCGUCGUGUGCUAAAUGGGACUUUUCAGUUACAAUCACCAUUAGGACCAGAAGUCUAAGUUAGGGACCCAAAGUACUUGAAACGGACAUCUCACUUAGGACUAAUGAAAUCCUGGCAAGAAGCUAUUUUAAAUAUGUUGAAAACAAGGUGAUUUACAUGAUCUUCUGUAGCCACUUUUUGAAAACCAUUAGUGUGUGAGCUUGAUUUGUUAAAUUUGCAUAACAUGGCAUUUUUGUCACUGUCACAUUAAUGAAUGUUUGCAUUGGUUUACAGUUGGGACUGACGUUUCAUCCAGGGAGGACCCUGCUUCGCACCUGAGGCUUCCUGCGAUUGGGUCCAGAUUUCUGGCCCCACAUGGGCAGUUUGUGAAACGUGAUGGAGCCAAAGCAUGAAUUGCUACUGCAGGGCUCAUAACUGCUGGCCGUCCGGUGUAUUUUAAGGAACGUUUAGCCUGCGAACACCAGAAGAUCUAAUGGCUCUCAGGUUCUGCACCAUUGACUUCCUCUUUCUGGGUUUCAGUUGCAGCACUUUAGCUAAAGUAUGACUCUAUUGCUGCAUAUAAAAUAAAAGAUUACAGAAAUUUUAAGUUAGAGCUGGAAUACAGUGUCCUUACCACUUCUUCACACACCGCAGUCCUGCUCAGAGUUUCUGCCUCCCGUUCCUGCUCAAACAAGGGUUAACAUUACAGUCAAAUUCUAAUUAAAUUGUUGCCUCAUUACUUGAAAAUUGCUACCCCGUCCUUUGCAGUACAUUUUCCAGAGGAAAUUUAAAACAUUUUGCUGUGGGGGAAGCGGAAUAUUAUUCCCCUGAGAAAAACGUGAACGUUUGGCUCCAAUAGGAAAGCAGCGAGUUGCAGGCGUGGUAUCGGUGCUCUAAGUGUGUGUUCCAGGAGACGAUGCCCGUGUGUAGAUACUGUAGCGCACACUUCCCCAAAGUCCCUCUUUCUGUUCACUUCCCACAUUACUCUGAAUUCACACUCCAAAGUUCACAUACAUAUGGUACUGCUAGAAAGUAUCAUUGUAUUAAAGGUUUUUCUGUGUGUUUCUAUGGAAUGACGUUUUCUGCAGUGGGACAGUUGUAAGUCAAUUUGUCUGGAAGUUAUUUUACAUGAAGAUGACACAAAUGAGUAAAGGUAAACGCAUGGAGUUUGAGAGGGUGCGGUGGUGCAGCGGGUUUGGCCGGGUCCUGCUCUC